UUGUUUGAAAGGAAAAAAUCUAACCGCGAGGCUACUAACUCGCCGGCGUUAGUUUAACCGAAAAUAACAAACCCAAUCAAAGCCUAGCCGAGCCGAACUACCCGAGUCUAUCUAACAAAUUAACCUCAGCUGUCUAGUCUCCUCUUUCAAUCCGGUCCGGUUCAGCUCAAUAAGCCGAGCCCGGGAAGAUAAAGUUCUAAGCAGUCUGCAAAUGAACUCUCUCCCUCAUUAAACUCUCAUUCUCUCUCUCUUCUGUCACAGUUUCCUCUCUAACGGAGACGAGUUUUUCCACUUUGUAGCUUUCGAAAACUUAGCUCAAUCUCCAUUCGAAACGCCUGCGUCUAACGAGAUCUGGAUUCGGAAUGGAAGAAGAGAAAGGAGCGUUGGUGCAGAGCUUGAUCGAUGCGGUGAACCAAAUAGCUUCAAUCGGCGAUUACAGAUGUGCCGUGAAGAAGGAGUAUUGCAAUCUUGCUAGGAGACUGAAGCUGUUGAUGCCAAUGUUCGAGGAGAUUAGAGAAAGCAAAGGGCAAAUCCCUGAAGAAACUGUUAAAGCUUUGGUCUCUUUGAAAGAAGCUUUGGCUUCAGCUAAGGAAUUGCUCAGAUUCGGCUGUGAAGGCAGCAAGAUUUACUUGGUUCUAGAGAGGGAGCAGAUCAUGCAUAAAUUUCAUGAAGUGUCAGAUCAAUUGGAGCAAGCUUUGAGUGAAAUUUCCUAUGAGAAUCUUGACAUAUCAGAUGAAGUUAAGGAACAGGUUGAGCUUGUACUAGCUCAGUUCAGGAGAGCUAAAGGUAGGAUUGAUGCACCUGAUGUUGAGCUGUACGAGGAUCUAUUAUCAAUCUACAACAAGAGCAACGAUACAGCAGCAGAUCCAGCUGUGCUAAGGAGAAUGGCUGAGAAGUUGCAAUUGGUGGGAAUAGCUGAACUUAUGCAAGAAUCACUAGCUCUACAUGAGAUGGUUUCGGCCAGUGGUGGAGAUCCUGGAGAAACAUUUGAGAACAUGUCAAACUUAUUAAAAAAAAUCAAGGAUUUUGUACAGGCAGAAAGUCCUAACAUGGAUGCUCCUGCAAGAGAAAAGAAUCUUCCUCCUAGUAGCAGUGGGCAAGCAACCACUGAUGGAAAUCACAAGACUCCACUUAUACCAGAUGAUUUCCGCUGUCCAAUAUCCCUGGAGUUGAUGAAGGAUCCUGUCAUUGUUUCAACAGGGCAGACUUAUGAACGUUCUUGCAUUGAGAAAUGGAUAGAGCAAGGGCAUGGAACAUGUCCGAAGACACAACAGACACUCAGUAGCCCUGCCCUUACUCCCAAUUAUGUAUUGCGUAGUCUAAUAGCUCAAUGGUGCGAGGCAAAUGGCAUUGAACCACCCAAAAGACCCAGUAGUUCUCGACCCAGUAAAACCACAUCUGCUUUCUCACCCACUGAACGUAUUAAGAUUGAAAUUCUCCUACGUAAGCUUACAUCCAGCAAUCCUGAAGAUCAAAGAAUGGCUGCAGGCGAAAUCCGUCUUCUUGCCAAACGCAAUGCAGAUAAUCGUGUGGCCAUUGCUGAAGCUGGGGCCGUACCUCUCCUUGUGAGCCUCCUUUCAACGCCUGACUCACGCAUCCAAGAACAUGCAGUAACAGCACUUCUUAACCUUUCAAUUUGUGAAGAUAACAAAGGAAGCAUCAUAUCCUCUGGAGCAGUUCCUGGUAUAGUCCAGGUGCUUAAGAAGGGUAGCAUGGAAGCUAGAGAGAAUGCUGCAGCGACCCUCUUCAGCCUUUCGGUAGUGGAUGAAAAUAAGGUGACAAUUGGUGCCUCAGGAGCAAUACCUCCACUAGUGACAUUGCUAAGUGAAGGCACACAAAGGGGCAAAAAGGAUGCAGCAACAGCACUCUUCAACUUGUGCAUUUACCAAGGGAACAAGGGAAAAGCAGUGAGAGCUGGAGUUGUGCCCACAUUAAUGCGUUUGCUGACAGAACCUGGAGGUGGAAUGAUGGAUGAGGCAUUGGCCAUACUUGCAAUACUUGCUAGCCAUCCUGAAGGGAAGUCUGCCAUUGGAGCAGCGGAAGCAGUGCCAGUUUUGGUAGAUGUUAUUGGAAAUGGAUCCCCAAGGAACAGAGAGAAUGCAGCUGCAGUUUUGGUUCACCUUUGUGCCGGAGACCAACAACAUUUAGCAGAGGCCCAGGAACUAGGUGCGAUGGGUCCUUUGGUGGACUUGGCACAAAAUGGUACAGACAGGGGCAAGCGGAAGGCUGCUCAAUUGCUUGAGCGCAUGAGCAGGUUUGUUGAGCAGCAAAAGCUGGCACAGGCGCAAGCUGAGGCCCAAUCACAGCUGUCUCAGUCUCAGACUCAGGAGCCACGGCGACAGUCCAUGGCAAAUAUUGUUGAUAGCUGAGGUUCAUUUUGCCUUAAUUUUUGUUCAUUUCGUCGCCUUGUUUCUGUUUACGUAUUGAAGAAGGAAGGCUUUGCUUCGAAAGAGGAGGUGGAAGAUCACCUGUACAACCUGUAAGUAUUCAUUUGUUUAUUUGGAAGAAUAUAUUAUUCACAGAAUCAUCAAAGUUCCGAAAAAAAAGGCGAAUGGGAAGAAAAGGGCUGAGUUUUACUUGGCAUGUAUGUGAAUUUGUACAACGUAUGUACGCCUAUAAUCAUCCUCUGUUUUUAUUCGAGCGAUGUUUCUUGUAUUCAAAUCAAACUUUGUUUCCAAAGUCACUAGUGAUAUGUAAGAAAAAAAGGAUCUGCUCGCUCAAAGUACAACCUUGUCCGUAAAAACUCCAUUCUACUUUCUAUGUUUGAUACAAUGUUAAAUCUUUUGCUCUAAGCAGCUACUCCUUCCA